UCAUAUCCAAACGACACUUAGCAUGUCACUGUCGAGCGAGUCAGGAUAGCUUGAAAACUAUUUUAAUGUUACUCGUGGGGGAUAAAACACGAGCAUGUCGCCAUUGUCGGUGCUCGAGAGGGUUUAGUUGAACCGUCGGCUCCGUCGUGGUUAUUCGUUGUGUACAACAUUCCGAGAAAAUGAGCGGCGCUGAUCGAGGAAGUCGCCCAGCUGGUGGACAAAGCUAGCUGGCUAACCGCUAGCAGGAGUUCUUUGUUUUUGUUUUUCAACGCGGAGUUUUAGCGUUGAAAGAAAAUGAGCUAAAACUGAGAAGGCUUUGCUAAAAAGUGACAGGGAACAUGCCGUCUUUACAGUGAAUCCUUAUUUUAUGUGUUUGUGUGUAACCUAACCUAAAGAUAAGAUCACCGUGGGCGUCGGUUGUAUCAUUUAUUUAAUUUGACAUCUCCGACACAAAGACAAAAAGGGGUACAAAAUGGGCAACUGCUUGAAGUCACCCACGUCGGACGACAUCUCUCUGCUUCAUGAGACGCAGUCGGACAGGGCGAGCUUCGGGGACGGGACGGAUCCAGACCUGGAGCCGCCUCCGCCCUACCAGGAGCAGGCGCACAUGCCCAUGUACCACCCCACGCCCAGCCAGGCCCGUCUGGCAACGCAGCUGACAGAGGACGAGCAGAUUCGCAUCGCUCAGCGCAUCGGACUGAUCCAGCACUUGCCCAAGGGCGUGUACGACGGCGGAAAAGAUGGCUCAGAGAAAAAGAUCCGAGAGUGCGUGAUCUGCAUGCUGGAUUUUGUGUACGGCGACCCGGUGCGGUUCCUGCCGUGCAUGCACAUCUACCACAUGGACUGCAUAGACGACUGGCUCAUGAGGUCCUUCACCUGCCCGUCCUGCAUGGAACCCGUCGACGCCGCCCUGCUCUCCACCUACGAGACUAACUGACGCCCGCCUCCUCCCUCCUUUGUCAGCUCGCCUCGUGCGCGACAACAGUGAGUGGAGCUUAAAAACGACAACAAGAAAGGUUGGCUGUCGUCUUGCACUAUGAGAAAGAUGAUUUUCAAAUAAGCCCCCACCAAACACACACACACACACGUCGCUAAGAACGACAAAACUGUAGCACAGAUGUGUGUUUGUGUGACCACUUGAGCCGGCCUCAUUGGUCACCUGACUAUUAAAUUAUUCACCCAAAAUCUUAAAAUAUAUCUCCACCCCUUAGCAGCAAUUGCCUAAUGUCUCGGCGCAGUCACGCUUUACUUUAUAUAUUUAUGCAUUCUAAUUGGCUCAUGUGCGUGCGGCGUUUAUGUAUGGAAUUAAAAUAAACACAUGAUGUAAAGCGGCGAUAUUUCAUCAAGUAGUGCCCCCCAAUAAGAUGCCCCUCUUCAAAAAAAAAAAAAAAAAAAAAAACAUUCACGCACACACAGACAUUAAAGAGUCAACUGUGCAUUUGGACUCUGUUGCUAACCAAAAGAGCAGUACCUACCAAGGUACUUCAGAUGCAUUUGGCCAUUUUGAGUCAAAAAUGAUUUUCGUGUGAUGUGAACACAGCAACUUCAGCAAUAUGGGCUGCAAUAUUGUUGGAAUGUUACCCCCCCCCCCCCUCCCAAAAAAACACAACAUAUGCCAACAUGAGGUCAGCCAAUGUAAAGGGCUCAGGUGGAUUGCAAUAUGCUUGCACAUGUUUCAUCCAAUCCACUGAUUUGCACUUUAGAACAAUAUGUAAAAUAAUAAUAAUAUAUUAAUAUAUGUAGACCUUAUUAUAACCUUGCACUAUCAACACUUGCUUUCUUCACCCUCAUUAGUGUACGGACAGAAGUUUGCUUUCGUCCACUUAAUCAGCUGUUACACGAUUGAAUAUCAUGAGAUCAUUUUUGUUUUGGUUGCAGCAGGUUACCGUGGUGGUAGCAUGAUGACAUUUUCUUGUUCUUAAUGAUUUUUUUUCUGUUGCAUUCAGCAUAUAGUGGAGACAGAGGGACGUUUCACUGCACAAACCUCUGUGCAAACCCAAAUUCUGUGAGUUACAAGAAUAGAGCUUGCAUCACAUUUCCCCCCCCCCCCUUUGCGGUGUUUUUAAAACUAGUGUGAGCAUUGUUUCCUGUAACCUUGUUUUUAUUUCUAAUGUUUGUGUUGGUUUGUUGGAACAAGGGCGAACCAGCCCUCGUGUGUAACGGGAAAAAAAUACAAUAAAUAUGCAAAGACCUUC